GCAGGUCCGUUUUCAUUUAAAGACUACAUUUGAUCGGCCUUUGUGGAAUGUUAUUGCGAUACUUGCCUGUUGUUAUCCACUCUUUAUCUUUCAAACCGGAAUAAAGUGGGGAUACCGAGAACAGCUGCUGCAACAUCUGGAUGGGAGAGGGGAACAUCUGCAGGAGUGAAGCCCAUCACUUCUCAUAGGACAUGAUGCAACCACCAGCACUUUAAAACAAUCUGGAUCUGCAUCAACCUGAAGUCUUCGACCGGCGAUGAGCCACAGGAAAGUUGAGGAAUUACCAAGAGGUUUACCUGGAUCUUCUCUGAAAAGACGCGUCAUGAGGCUUGGGAGGAAGUCCAGUGAUGGCUCCUUGCAAUCAAGUUCAUCCACCAGCAGUUCGUCUACCGGCAGGUCAGCUGAGGUUGUGGCUUUCAGGCAGCCUGGCAAGGGCCACAUCCGCCGCCACACCAACCGCCUCUCCGGAGUCUUCCUUCGCGGCCCGGCGUCUGGCUCGCUGUCCGCGGCCAUGUCCGCACAAGUCAGGAAAACCAGCACGACUAUGACAGAUACGGUAAUUGUGGACGACCCCUCCGAACUGUCCAAUCAGUUAAGCGCUCCGGGAAUCUUGAAGAUCUUUGGAAGUGAGAUCUGCAAAGGAGCCCACUACAAGAGCGUCCUAGCCACCACACACUCCAGUGCUAAAGAACUGGUCAAAGAGGCCCUCGAAAGGUAUGGUCUGGGAAAAGAAGAAGCAAACACCUACGUUCUUUGUGACACGAUUGGCUCCAUUGGAGAGCGUCAGUGGAAAACCGAAGGAUUCCGAGUUGUGGGGGACAAUGAGAAGCCACUCCUCCUACAGUCGCUAUGGAAACCGAGGGAGGGCCUUGCAAGACGCUUUGAAAUCCAGCAGCGAAGCCUGGUGGAGCAGCAGACAUCUCAGGAUAAAGACACCAUCACUGCUGGUAUCAACGCCCAGGCACGAAAGCUGCAGAAGAGUCGCUCCAGAGUGAACUCCUCCCUCAUCGAGAGAACAAUCAGUCGAAGCCAGAAACUCUGGAGGAGUAAAAGUCAGAUAGAUCUAUUAGAUGUAGAUACCAAGAAAGAUCAGGAUAAAAGUUCUCAGAAUCAAAGAGAGUCCCUGAAUGGAACUUCAGUAAAGAGCUGUGAGUGCCCAGAAGCAAGGCCAGAACAGAAUGGCAUUGAACUCGCAGUUCCCUCUCAGGGGGAUGGAGGCUCGCAAGCCAAAACAGAGAACCUCUGUCCGUCAAGGCGAAGAAGUGAGCAGGAAGGAGAAGAGUCGGAGAGGGAGGAGACGGAAAGUAGCGAUGAUAACACCACACAGUACUCCAUUCACCCACCUCACGACUGUCCGUACCUGCUGCUCCUCCACGGCUGCAGCUCCGUACAGGACUUUGUCAUCUAUCUACUUAUGAGUCCCAGCGUUGUUAUAGGGCGACAAAAUGAACCAAAUAAAGAUGCAUCAAAGGUGGACUUCACCCUACUUGCAGAAGACAUACUUCCAAAACACUGCAGUUUUCAUCGCAGUACUGGUGGAGUGACCGUGCUCUGCCCUUUUCCGGAUGCUGUGGUGACGAGGAAUGGCAGCGUACUUAAAGGCAAAGUGGAGCUUCGCCCUGGCGAUGUCAUUGGCUUGGGUCAAAGCUACUUGUUUCUCUUCAAAGAUCCAUUGAGACACCAGGAAGUCAACCAUGCUGGUUCUGAUCCCAGCUUUUUUGGAUGCGCCACAUCUGCAAUGACAAAAGAUGGGAUACUCUGCAACACCUGCAUUGGCCUUCUUCGAGACCCCGACACCGCAAAUUGCCUAAAGACAGCCCCACAAUUUUUAAAAUCACACGAGGGUCUCUGUCUGACUUUGAACUACCGCGUUGAGGAUGAGUUUUGCAUCGUGAAAAAAAUAGUUGCAAUGGGAGGCAGAGGCGCCGAAGAUGUACCGCCACUCACUGUUGCAUUUUUGCUGUCCAUGUGUAUUCAGUAUUCUGCCUCACGUCUCCCUACGUCAGACCUGAGAAGACUCCUGCUGCUUAUUGCAAGUGAAAUUGAGAGUGCGGUGUGGGAGCAAACUAAUAAUUUUGCUGCGCUUCAAAAGGAAAUCCCAGAGGACAUGAUAUCAGGACUGUCUCCCCUAGUGGUAUGGAUGUCAAACAGCCUGGAGCUGCUCCAGUUCAUUCAGAACCAGUUGCCCCUCAUCUUAGAGUGGAGAACCAUAGAAGAGAAUGAAGAUGGAGAGCAACAAGUUCAGGGGAAGAAUUUAGUCCUGCUGGAGUUAAAGCUGUCCUGUGUGCGCUCAGCCACCGAAGAGACCAUAGCCGCCCUGGAGGAGGUCAUCAUGCUUACCUUCCAGCAGUGUGUGUACUACAUAACCAAGGUCCUGUACCCCAUCCUGCCGGCCUUUUUGGACUGCAACCCAUUUGAGGAGGAUCCCGAUCCUGGCGAGGGUGCUUCAGUCCCACAUCGCAGCAGGCUGAGGUUCCCUGAUGAGAUCCAGCAGAUUGUGGCAGUCCUGAAUGAGACCCAGAGGUUGCUAUCAGAUUAUCAGCUCCACCCUGAGAUUUCCACACAGCUCAUUGGAUACCUUUUCUACUUCAUCAAUGCAUCACUCUUCAACUUACUCAUGGAGAGAGGCUCUGAGCCCGGUUUCUAUCAGUGGUCUACCGGCAUGCGCUUAUGGACCAAUCUUGACUUGCUUCUGAGCUGGUCCCAGACCACCGGAUUGAGAAAGGUGGCUUCUGCGCACACGCACACACUCUCAUCGGCUAUUAAUCUUCUUGCUACGCCGAGGAAUCAUUUACAGCAGGCGUCUUGGGUGUCGCUACGAUCCGCCUUCCCUGCCUUGAACGCAGCUCAGCUGCAUCACCUGUUAAGUCUUUACAUCCCAGCAUCUCCCUCUUGGACUCCAUGUCUAAUGGACCGAGCAGAAGCACACAACACCGAUGACAUCCUGCAGAGUUUUGACACCCAUCAUCCUCUCGUGCUACCAGAUGAGGAUUUCCAGUUCAUUUUGGGGAAGGCAGUGACGGAUUCAUCCCUGAUUCAACAAUUAGACAAACUCAAAGUGUCAAUUUCCAACCUGUCUAACUCACAGUCCCACGGCGUCUCAGCUAUUGACCAGGGUGUCAUCAUUCCCGUGGAGAAGAAAACAAUGGACACAACAGCGGUCCAAAUGCUAUCAUCUCAGAAAACAGUCCACCAUCGCCAAUCAUCCUCUCUUUCACCCCCAUGCCCGCCCCCCGCCACACAAUAUCUGCAUGACUUCAGCUCCUGUGGAGCCCUCCUUUUGUCCCAGAAGCUUUGGGAUCUGCAGACCAGACAAACGGACACCACUGAGAGGAGGAGGUCGGCACUGGACCCCUCGUGUCUCCUCACCCCACCCAACACUCCCCUCAUCAUAGAUCCUGUUCAUUUUCCCAGAGAAGACAAUGACACAUUAGUGAAGGUUGAAAGUGACACACGUCCCUGUUUGGCUGGGCACAAUGAAGGUACCUUAGGAGGUCACUAUAUUCUUUUCCUCUGGAAAAUAACUUUAUAUGUUUCUAUUCCUCUCUCCUUAGAUGGAUUCGUGUUGGAAUGUCUGACUGCACUGAAUGAUGACCGUGGGAAUCCAGAUUACACGUGUAUGAAAAGGAUUUUUGAACUUAUAGAGGAAGAGGAAGAGGAGGCGGAAGAGAUGAACAACCAUUUUGAUGACAACAAUGAUGAGAUCUUCAGUUUGGAGAUACAGCGUAAUGAAAGUGGUCUUGGUCUCGCUCUAGUUGACACACGGGACCUCCCAUUGAAGGUGAAAGGCAUCUUCAUCAAAGCGGUGCUUCCUGACACUCCUGCAGCCCGCUGUGAGAAGCUCCAACCAGGAGACAGGAUCCUUGCCGUUAAUGGAGUCAGUCUGCUUGGGCACCAUUGCCAAAAUGCCAAGGAGCUAUUGCAGUCGUCUGGUGACAGGCUGAGGUUACUGAUGGCGAGAUCUGAUUGGAUGGCCAAAGCUGUACAAACGGACUGCUGACGAGUAUUUUGGUCUGUUAUGUUCCUGUCAAUAAAAUAUUUUAUACCAAUCUGAAACAUACCUGUCAAUGUUUGCAUUUGAAAAUCCUA